CGCAUAAAGGGCUAAAAGGGGAAGAAAAGCUGUCCGAACCCUCAGAGAGGCGAUAUAUACAUUCUGUACUUGUUCCAAUCCACAGCCUUCUUCUAUUCACAUCGUUUCAGUUUUGUCGAUCGAUCAACUGUGAUUGCGCAAAAUGAGCGGAGCGGGGAAGAAAGUGGCGGACGUCGCCUUCAAGGCCGGGAAGACCAUCGAUUGGGAAGGUAUGGCAAAACUGUUGGUUUCCGAUGAUGCUCGAAGGGAGUUUGCCAACCUCCGCCGCGCCUUCGACGAUGUCAAUACGCAGCUGCAGACAAAGUUCAGCCAGGAACCAGAACCCAUAGACUGGGAGUAUUACAGAAAAGGGAUUGGCUCUCGCUUGGUUGAUAUGUACAAGCAAGCCUACGAUGAGAUUAAAAUCCCUCAGUAUGUUGACAAUGUCACUCCUCAGUACAAGCCAAAGUUCGAUGCCCUGUUGGUGGAGCUGAAAGAGGCCGAGGAGAAGUCACUGAAGGAGUCUGAAAGAUUAGAAAAGGAAAUUGCUGAAGUUCAAGAUCUGAAGAAAAAGCUUAGCACCAUGACAGCUGAUGAAUACUUUGCCAAGCACCCGGAGCUUAAGAAGAAGUUCGACGACGAGAUCCGGAACGAUUAUUGGGGCUAUGGCUACUAGGCUUCACCUCGUUGAGAUCAAUCACUUUUCAGGUGAAACUUUGGAGUUAGUUUUACUACAAGUGAAGAAAUAAAAGAGACGAACAGAAUUGGUUUUUCUCAUUAUUUUUCUUGGGGAUUCUGAGGAUUACAAAAGGAUGCAGCUGAUAUCAUCAUAUUGUUGCUUCCAUUUUCUUACAUUUGGAGAGGGGUUUUUUUUUGAAGUAUUUAUUAAUGUCUCCUCUGAAUAUCUAAUUUAGAAAUAAUCGUUUCAUUUUUAUGAUUGAAAAUGAACCAUGUGGUAUAUAUUGAGAUUGUACACUUUUAUCA